CGUUGUAGAAUACAUCUUUUCGCCAUUAAAGGCGAACCUGGCCCACCAGGGUUACCAGGUCCACCGGGUGCCCAAGGUGAACCUGGAGACCCAGGGGCUCCUGGAAUCCCCGGUCUGGCAGGACUUCCAGGAAUAGACGGGCUACCCGGACCCGACGGGCCUCCCGGUGCUGAUGGGUUCCGGGGUGAGAGGGGAGACACAGGACCAUCCGGACCACCUGGCUUGGACCUAGUAGAUCCAGAGGAACUCGGAGAGGUUGGACCCCUGGGACCUCAAGGUGAUACUGGACUGGAAGGUCCCCAGGGUCCGAGUGGCCCCAGGGGUGAAGAUGGGUUAACCGGACUUCCUGGACCUCCUGGACCUCCUGGUCCUCCGGGUGAACCUGGACUUUACACAGGAGAGAGAAUUGAAGACUUUACUUGCCCAGCAGUGUGCCCAACCGGCCCACCUGGUCUUCCUGGGAUGCCCGGAUUCAAGGGACACACGGGCCACAAGGGGGAUCGUGGAGAACCCGGGAAGGUCGGAGCAAAGGGUAAUCCUGGACAUCCAGGAGUGCCAGGUCUGCCCGGACCCGUCGGAUUACAGGGCCCUCGAGGACUGAGAGGUCUCCGAGGCAAACCUGGCCCUCUCGGCAUCAGGGGUCUCAUAGGAUUUCAAGGUCCUGCUGGCCCACCAGGGCCCCCCGGGAAAGUUGGCGACGCAGGCUUCAAAGGGUUCAUCGGAUUGCCGGGGGAAAAGGGAAACCGGGGGAAGAUUGGUCCACGAGGGUUGCGUGGUCUCAGUGGACUGAAAGGGGAGCCAGGAAUUCCGGGCCGCGAUGGGCGAGAUGGAAAUCCGGGGGCCAAUGGCGAGAAGGGUGAUCCUGGACAAGACGGAGCCCCCGGAGAGAGAGGCCCUAAUGGGCAGCCUGGACUAUCUGGAAAGCCAGGAAGGAAAGGUCUUGCAGGUGAACAGGGAAGCCAAGGACCAAUGGGAGCUUCAGGUCCCCAGGGUCCCCCUGGGAUUCCGGGAGAACUGGGUGACUCUGGCGACAUGGGUGAGCGUGGACCCAGGGGCCCUGAUGGUGAGAUGGGACCGGCAGGUGUCCGCGGAGUGCAAGGUCGCAGGGGAUUCCAGGGAAGAAAAGGUGAGAGUGGUGAGCCUGGCAUGCCGGGGCCGACUGGAGUCCGUGGUGAUUUCGGUGACAGGGGUCCUGUUGGAGCAUCUGGUCCCAAAGGUAACCAGGGUCUCGCAGGGUCUGAUGGACUACCAGGGGAAAAGGGAGAUUUGGGCCAGCCGGGACCUCAGGGCCAGAAGGGAGAGCCAGGACCUCGUGGUGAGGUGGGACCCAAAGGCAACGCUGGGCCCGCUGGAUUUCCCGGAACAGAUGGAGUUCCUGGUCCUGCCGGGCUGAUGGGACCAGCUGGAGAGCAAGGACCUCCUGGUGUCACCGGAAAAAGGGGCCCUCCAGGCAAACUGGCAAGCGAGCAGCGGAUUCGGAAUCUCUGUCAAAAUCUCAUCAGUGAUCAAAUUGCCUUGUUAGCUAACAACCUGCGGAGGCCACUGAUGCCUGGGAUGAUCGGACGACGUGGACCUCCAGGUCCUCCUGGAGUACCAGGGCAGAAGGGGCAAGUUGGUCACCCCGGCAAGCGAGGUUCCCCAGGAUUGAGCGGACCACCAGGAGAGCUUGGGGAUACUGGCCCUCGAGGUGAUUCUGGUGUAAAGGGCGACAAGGGUGUUAUUGGCCGAGGAAUUGAUGGUUUAGUGGGACCUCAGGGACCUCCAGGUCCCCCAGGUGCAAUGGGACUCAGUAAAAAUGGACGUGAUGGGCAGCAGGGAGACCCAGGCUAUCCAGGAGAACCUGGACGACCUGGAAGGAAUGGUGCUAUGGGAACACCAGGAAUCUGCGACACCUCCGCCUGUCAGGGAGCUGUUUCGGCAGUAAAAGCCGGAUCUUCCAAAAAAUCAUGAAGUGGAUGAUCCCAGAAGCAACUAAGAAAACUUGAAGCACAGCCCUGAUAUUGGAUGAAUAGAAAGAGACAACGAUGAAAAAAGACAAUUGAUCAACAUUUCAGAUCCUGGUACCAAAAGUGUCUUAUAUGUUCAUGAGAAGGUGCUAAAAACUGACACUUCACUUUUAAUCAAGUGUUUUGAAUUUUUGUCAAUUCUGUUUGAGAUCUGUAAAUCAGCAGUCUUAUCUGAUUAGAAUUAUUAACUUUUUUAAAACAGUCCCUUUAAUUCUUGUCAUUGUCUGUUAAACAACACUGUCAAAUAUUAAUGCUUACCUCAAAGAAGCACCCUUUAGAAAUUAUCAGUGUUAAAAUAUUUUAAAUGUGAGGAGUUACACUGUACAUAUGAUAUAAAUUUAACGCUCGAUGUUCUGCAAGUCCAGAUUUAAGAACAUCUCCCAGUUUAAAGCCAGGUCAAGGGCAAAAGAGAUUUACACCGCUAUGUAUUUUAUUGAACGAUUAUACCUACCCCUCAAUGUGUGUUACUCCUAGAUGAACACAUUUUGUGUACAGAAAUUGCAAGUUCUUGUAAAUUCUACGUAACAAUUUAUGGCUUGUUGUUACCUUAUUCCAUUCCACUGUAUAACAUUUUCCAUAAGUGAAUAAAUCCCUGUCAAACUCAUGCAUCCACUAAAUAUGAUGCUGUAACCUUGACUUAAAAUAUUAUUUUCUGUGGGUGCCUGUUGUCUGUAAAAUAAAGCUGUUGCCACAUUCUGUUGUAAGA